AUGAAUAGUAAUAGUGAUAUUAAUAAUAGUGACUGUCUGUUUCCAAUAAGAGAUGAAAUCAUUGAGGAUAAAGAUGAUGACGAUGAUGAAAUACCACCAACACAAUUCACUGUAUCUUCAGAUGCAAUGACAAGUACAGAUAAUGAUAACCUACAACAUGAUCAAAUAAAUCAUACAGAGACAGGUAAAGAACAAGAUGAAGAAGAGGAUGAAAAAAUAAAGAUUUGGGGUGAAUUGCUUGCGGUUAGCGAUAAGCUGUCGUCCGUUACACUCUCUGAUGAUUCAUUUGUUUUGGGUAGAUUGAAAACAUGUAAUAUAACGAUUCCAGAGACAAUAAUAUCUGCAAAACACUGUAGACUUUUUAAAAGUAGUAAUGAUUGCAUUUUAAUUCAAGAUCUUUCAACAAAUGGCACUUUUAUAAAUGGAAAAAUGAUUGGUAGAGGUAAUUUGGAAGUGGUGAAGAAUGGUGAUAGAAUCAGUUUAGCUGGAGCAUCGGUCGAAAAUCAGUUGACAUAUAUUUUCAAGGACAACAAGUUGGAGCCAAAAUCACAUAUUUGGGAGACACUUUCAACCAAAAAGAUAUUGAAUGAUUAUGAUAUCAUUGGUGAACUUGGUGGUGGAUCAUUCAGUGUAGUUUAUUUGGCUGUAAACAAAUCGACAGCAACCAAAGUAGCAAUCAAAGACAUUGAUAUUUCAAAAUACAACCAGAAUCCACGAUAUCUUACACAACUCGACAGAGAGAUCGAAAUACUUAGAUCGAUCAAACAUCCAAAUAUAAUUAACAUUCAUGAAAUAUUUCAGUCUGACAAUCACAUUUAUAUUGUAAUGGAGUUGGCAACAGGUGGUGAACUAUAUGAAAAAUUGGAAAACGAGGUAUUUCUUGGUGAGGAGGUUGCAAGACUGAUAUUUUUACAACUAUUGAAUGCAGUUGACUAUUUACAUUCUCAAGGUAUUGCACAUAGAGACUUAAAACCAGAGAAUAUACUUUUUGAUGGGGAUGAUAAAAUAAAGAUAACAGAUUUCGGAUUUGCUAGGGUCAUUGGCGAUGGUGAACUUGCUAAAACACUCUGUGGUACACCAUUAUAUGUGGCACCAGAGGUAAUAGUUUCCCGAACUAAAUUAUCUACCAACACCAAUUUUAGCAAUGGUUAUGGAUUUACAUGUGAUGCAUGGUCAUUAGGUGCAAUAUUGUAUAUAUUAUUAAGUGGAGAUGCACCAUUUUGCGAUGAUACACAAGAGGAAUCUAUUUCUACACCAACUAUAUUUGAAUCCAUUGUAGCAGGUGAUAUAAGUUAUCCUGAGGUGUUGUGGGCUGAUAUUUCUGCAGAUGGAAUCGAUCUGGUAAAGAGAUUACUUACUGUGGAACCAACUGAAAGAAUAACAAUCAAAGAAGCACUCAAACAUCCUUGGUUGCUAAUUGAACCAUCGAAAGAAGAUGACAAUGAAUGUGUAUCAGAUCCGGAAAUUAGAGAAAAGAGACCGAUGAAUCAUCAAGAUCAAGAUGACUCUAUUGACAAUAGUCUAAAGAGAAGAAGAACAUUUAUUAGAUAUUUCCAAUAG